CACAAAGGUCGUGAGCUGCUGGCAAGCCAAAUAUCCAUCAAACGUGUGACCACCAAGGUGUGAGAAAAAUUCUCCGUUCAUGGUUGCCGGUCUUUUUGUUUUGUCACCCUAGUCAGUGCUCAGUAUCUAGACCCCCACCCCCUCAAAAGAAGAAGAAAAGGUAUCUAGAAAAUUACCCUGAGCUCUCUCUCCUUUCGCUCGAGCUUGUAGUGAAAGGGUCAUGGAGGGCACUAUUCCCAAUCCCCCCAACACAAGGAUUGCGGUGGUCACCGGCGGGAACAAAGGGAUCGGACUAGAGGUGUGCCGGCAGCUGGCCGCCGCCGGCAUCACCGUCGUCUUAACAGCCAGGGACGAGAAGCGAGGCGUGGCCGCUGUAGAGAAGCUGAGAGAAGCAGGGCUCUCCGAUGUCAUUUUUCAUCAGCUGGAGAUCACCGAUGCUCCGAGCAUCUCUCGGUUGACUGAUUUCCUGAAGACUCGUUUUGGGAAGCUAGACAUCCUGGUAAAUAAUGCUGCAAUUGGUGGUGUUGAGUACGUGCAAGAUCCUGUUGAUAGCUCACUGACCAGCAACGAAAAGUUCGGUGGCAUGGAUCAGCUUCAGAGGCUUGAAUGGAUGGCCAGUGCUGUCCGGGAGACCUACGCCGCUGCAAGAGAAGGCUUGCAGACAAACUACUACGGCACAAAGCAUGUCAUCGAAGCCUUACUGCCGCUGCUGCAAGCUUCCUCCGACGGGAGAAUCGUUAAUGUCUCCUCCGAAUGGGGGCUGCUAAGGCUAAUCAACAACGAAGAGCUGAAGCAGGAGCUGAACGACAAUGUUGAGAAACUCACCGAGGAGAGGCUGGACGAGAUUCUGGAUACGUUCCUGAACGACUUCAAGGCCGGCGAGGUGGAGGCGCACGGGUGGCCGAAGCAUUUCUCGGCGUACAAAGUGUCCAAGGUGACCCUGAACGCGUACUCGAGGAUCCUAGCGAGAAGGCACCCUGAGCUGCGCAUCAACUGCGCGCAUCCUGGCUACGUGAAGACUGACAUGACCUUACAAUCCGGGCUCCUGACGCCCGAGGAAGGCGCGAGCAACCUGGUGAAUGUGGUGCUGCUGCCGGAAGGCGGCCCGACCGGCACAUUCUUCGCGCUGGGCCAGGAGGCUCCGUUCGUGAUUGCAGUGGUUACUGGCGGGAACAAAGGGAUCGGGCUAGAGGUAUGCCGGCAGCUGGCCGGCGCCGGCAUCACCGUCGUCUUAACAGCCAGGGACGAGAAGAGGGGCGCAGCCGCUGUGGAGAAGCUAAGAGAGGCAGGGCUCUCCGAUGUCAUUUUCCAUCAGCUGGAGAUUGCCGAUGCUCCUAGCGUUGCCCGGUUGGCUGAUUUCUUGAAGAUUCGAUUUGGGAAGCUAGACAUCCUGGUAAAUAAUGCUGCAGUUAUUGGUGCUGUUGAGCAUGUCCAAGAUCCUGCUGAUAAUUCACUGACCAGCAAGGAAAAGCUAAUCAACAAUGAGGAGCUGAAGCAGGAGCUAAACGACGAUGUUGAGAAACUCACCGAGGAGAGGCUGGAUGAGAUUCUGGGCACGUUCUUGAACGACUUCAAGGCCGGCGAGUUGGAGGCGCACGGGUGGCCGAAGCAUUUCUCGGCGUACAAGGUGUCCAAGGUGACCCUGAACGCGUACUCGAGGAUCCUAGCGAGAAGGCACCGUGAGCUACGCGUCAACUGCGCGCAUCCUGGCUACGUGAAGACCGACAUGACCAUACAGUCCGGGCUCCUGACGCCCGAGGAAGGCGCGAGCAACCUGGUGAAGGUGGCGCUGCUGCCGGAAGCCGGGCCAACCGGCGUAUACUUCGACCUGGGCCAGGAGGCGCCAUUCGUGUGACACUACCUGGCUGGGCAUGCAUGAGUGAUCGCCAGCAACCCCUUGGCUCGCCGUUCUCCGACCGCCUGUUACCAAUGUGCAAUAAAAUUCGCAGCUAGCUCUGUAGUUCAUGUCAAGUCCAAAUUUUUGGGCACACGAUGGUAUUUUUGGUAUUUUUAUUUGUCAACGAAAGUGUAUUUGCUAGUUUGAAGUUAUAUUGUACCGCAAGCACAUAGUUCACGAAAUUUGUUAAAGACAACGUUUCACGAAAUA